GUUUUUCAGUUAUCUUUAACAAUCCACAUUACAAUAGUGGAUGAGAGAAGAAAAGAAUGGCAGCUGCAGCUCUUCCUACACUGAAAUACCAUCAUUCUCUCUCUCCAAAUUUUGUCAUUUUUGGAAAUAAUGCUCAAAGCGUACCCAUUUCAUGGAAGCGGAAAGCCCAAUUAAGUGGGAAGUUGCGUAAAAUUGUUGGGUGUUCAAGUAAUCCUUCAAGAUCCUGUUUGCAAGAUGGGAUUUUGAGGAGGGAUUUGAUGUUCUUGGGCUUGUCCUCCUCUCUCUCUCUCUCUUUCCCAGUCUUAGGCGCUGGUGUGGAAGAGGAACUGAAAAUGGAUCUAUUUGUUGAUGAGACAAAUGCUUAUUCAUAUUUGUAUCCGAAAGCACUGCCUUCCGACAAAUUUGUCUUCAAAUGGGUGGAAUCUAGAAAGCCGGAGCGUUAUUCGUCAGCUGCACCAUUGUCCCCUGAUGCACGCCUUCGCAUUGUGUCUGAGAGGGUUGAUUUCAUUGAUAACCUCAUAAUUUCAGUUUCGAUAGGUCCCCCUAAUCCAUUGUUCUUGAAAUCUAAUGACAAAAGCACAUGGACUGCAAAAGACGUCGCUGAAUCUGUUUUAGCUGACAAGUCUGCACUGCGGGUAACCACAAGCCAACGGAUGGAUGAAAGUUCAAUCCUUGAUGCACAUUCUUCCACAGUUGAUAGCGAGCCAUAUUGGUCUUAUGAGUAUUUGGUGCGGAAAUCACCAACUGAAAUGGCCCCGUCAUCAAACCUUUACCGACAUUUUGUUGCUGCAACAGCUGAACGCGAAGGUUAUUUGUACUCUCUCAAUGCUUCAACUCUAAGCAUGCAAUGGGAGAAGAUGGGACCAUUCUUGGAGAAAACUGUGGCGUCGUUUCGCCUUCUUCCUCCUACUGAAAACUAUGUUCCUCCAUACAAGGAUCCCUGGAGAUUUUGGUGAAAGCUGCUAGUGUUAUGCAAUCAAAAAUUGUUUGCUGAGUUGAUAUGGAAGAGUGUGCAUUAUUUGUAAUCUCAUAUUUUGGUCAAUAGUUAAUUCAACAUUUAUUUUCUA